CAGCGGCGGGGCCGGCCGGCGGCGCGGCUGCCGCGCUGGGCCAGACUCAGCCCCUUUCUCCCGCCGCCGCUGGCUGCGAGCGCGCUGCGGCUGGAGCGGCCCCCAGAGCGGCUCGUGAUGGCGGCGGCGGCGCGGGCUCGGCAGCGGGAGGCGCCCGCCCAGCCCUGCGCGCCGCGCCGCUAGCGGCAGCGCCCGUGCCCGCGGCGGCCGCCCCGGCCCAUGCCCCCGGGGGGAAGGGGGGCUGCAGCAGCCCGGCGAGCCGCCCACCCGCGCAGCGGGGGCAUCGCCCCCACUCGCCGCUCCUGGGAGGGCGGAAAGGAGGCAGCGGCGGCGGCGGCGGCGCCGGCAUUGUGCGCGGCGGAUCGCAGGCCCCGGCGGCGCGGGGCUCGCCUGCCUCCCGCCCCAGCCUCAUGAACCAGCCGGACGGCUCCGCUCCGGCGGCGGCGGCGGCGGCGGCGGCGACGACGGGGACGGGAGCGCAGGCCGACGAGAGCAACAGCAGUGGGCGGAGGAGCUCUUCCAGCAGGGAGUGUUUGAAGCGGAGCCCGCGGAGCCCAAAAGCGGAGGGCUCUGAUUCGGUGACAUCUCAGUCCUCACCCAGUGAAGAGGCUGGAAUGAUGACUGAGGUGAAAGUGAAAACAGAGGUACCAGAUGACUAUAUCGAAGAGGUGAUCUGGCAGGAUGACACCAAAGAUUCCAAGAAGAACAUAAAAGAUGGGCCGGGAGAUGUGCCUGCAGAGAUCUGCGUGGUCAUAGGUGGGGUCCGCAACCAGCAGACGCUCGAUGGAAAAGCAGUGGAACGUGGCUCUCCCGUUGGAUAUACACGAAAUCGAUAUUCAGGGACCUGGAUUUUUGACCAUGCAUUGAGAUACACGUCCGGGUCUUACGAGUGUGGAAUAUGUGGGAAGAAAUACAAGUAUUACAACUGUUUCCAGACCCAUGUGCGAGCACACAGAGACACUGAAGCUGCCUCAGGUGAAGGAGCCUCACAAGGCAGUGCCCUUCUGACUGCGGAAAGGGAGAAGAAGCCUCUCUCCAGAGCUGUCUUUGUGCUGCCCUGGGUGGAAUCCACAGAAACAAACAAUUUUAGGUACACGUGUGACAUCUGUGGGAAAAAAUAUAAAUAUUAUAGCUGCUUCCAAGAGCACAGAGACCUACAUGCCGUGGAUGUUUUUAGUGUGGAAGGGGCCCCAGAAAACCGGGCAGACCCCUAUGACCAGGCUGUCAUAGCAGCAGAUGAAGUGAAGGAGGAGGAGCCGGAACCGUUUCAGAAGAUUGGUCCAAAAACUGGCAAUUACACCUGUGAAUUCUGUGGCAAGCAGUACAAAUACUACACUCCAUACCAGGAACAUGUGGCGCUGCAUGCACCUAUUAAGUUCUCUCGAUCUCCACUCUUCGUGGCAGUGAAGACACAAGCGAGCCAAUCCAGCAAAAAAACACCGGCUUCAAUAAACCGAUGUUCUACCCUCCUGCACCGCACCCCCUCCGGUGUCCCACCGGCAUCCCAAUCCCAGAUGUUCCGCGCUCCAAAUUCUGGAUCCCCAGGAAGCAAGGCCAUCACAGCAGAAAGCGCUUUCAGCAGGAGAGUGGAAGGCAAAGCGCAAAACAACUUUGAGGAAACAAACAGCAAUUCUCAGAACUCCAGCGCUGUUCAUUCGGGGACAGAAAAACCUAAAGAAAAGAGGUGUAAGCAGAACCCAUCAGAAACCGCAAGUCCCCUGAUUUCAAAUCCUUUCCCGCUUUUACAAAAGCCUUACACCUGUGGAGCUUGUGGAAUCCAGUUCCAGUUUUAUAACAAUCUCCUGGAGCACAUGCAGUCCCAUGCAGCUGACAACGAGAACAAUAUUGCCUCUAGCCAGCCCAGAUCACCUCUAGCUGUUGUUGAAGAAAAGUGGAAACCACAACUCCAAAGAAAUAACGCCAACAAUACAUCCGCGAGCGGUUCAGUAGGGAACAGCGCGAUCCCAGAGAAGGAGCGGCAGAACAUUGCCGAGAGGCUCCUGAGGGUGAUGUGCACUGACCUUGGGGCUCUGAGCGUGGUGAGCGGGAAGGAAUUCAUCAAGCUAGCACAGACACUGGUGGAUAGUGGAGCUCGCUAUGGUGCCUUCUCUGUCACCGAAAUCCUGGGCAACUUCAACACACUGGCUCUGAAGCAUUUGCCUCGGAUGUACAACCAAGUGAAAGUGAAAGUCACCUGUGCCCUGGGCAGCAACGCGUGCCUUGGCAUCGGUGUCACUUGCCACUCACAGAGCAUCGGCCCCGAUUCUUGCUACAUCCUGACAGCUUACCAGGUGGAAGGCAACCACAUCAAGAGUUACGUCCUGGGAAUUAAGGGCGUAGACAUUCGAGAUAAUGGUGAUUUUAUCCACCACUGGGUACAGAACGUGCUCUCAGAGUUUGUGAUGUCAGAGAUCAGGACGGUGUAUGUCACAGACUGCAAAGUCAAUUCCUCUGCGUUCUCCAAGGCAGGCAUGUGCUUGCGUUGUUCGGCCUGUGCCUUGAACUCAGUAGUGCAGAGUGUGCUGAACAAGCGAACACUACAGGCUCGCAAUAUGCACGAAGUGAUCGAGCUCCUGAAUGUCUGUGAAGAUCUGGCAGGAUCCACAGGCCUCUCGAAGGAGACCUUUGGCUCCCUGGAAGAGACCUCUCCCCCGCCCUGCUGGAACUCGGUCACCGACUCCCUCCUGCUCGUCCACGAGCGCUACGAGCAGAUCUGCGAGUUCUACAGCAGGGCCAAGAAGAUGAACCUCAUCCAAAACCUGAACAAACACCUGCUCAGCAACCUGGCAGCUAUUUUGGCUCCGGUGAAACAGGCGGUGAUUGAGUUGAGCAAUGAGAGCCGGCCCACCUUGCAGCUGGUACUGCCCACCUACGUCAAACUGGAGAAACUGUUCACUUCCAAAGCUAAUGAUGCUGGCGUAGUCAGCAAACUCUGCCACCUCUUCUUGGAGGCGCUGAAGGAGAACUUCAAAGUUCAUUCGGCACACAAGGUAGCCAUGAUCUUAGACCCUCAGCAGAAGCUGCGGCCUGUCCCACCAUACCAGCACGAAGAGAUCAUUGGCAAGGUCUGUGAGUUGAUCAAUGAGGUGAAAGAGUCCUGGGCAGAAGAAACAGAAUUUGAACCUUCAACCAAGAAGCCUCGGGCAGCAGGGGAAGCCACAGCAGCUCAGGAAGAAGAUUGGUUCGGGAAAAAUGAAGUCUAUGAUUAUUUGCAAGAACCUCUUUUCCAGGCCACCCCUGACCUGUUUCAGUACUGGUCGUGUGUUACCCAAAAGCAUACAAAACUAGCCAAGCUAGCCUUUUGGCUCUUAGCAGUGCCUGCUGUUGGUGCCAGAAGCGAAUGUGUAAAUAUGUGUGAGCAGGCUCUCUUAAUCAAAAGGAGACGGCUACUCAGUCCAGAAGACAUGAACAAACUCAUGUUUUUGAAGUCCAACAUGCUUUAAGACUGUCUUUUAAUUAAAACAAAACUUUAAAACACUGUUCCAAACAAAGAAAAAGAAUUUUAAGUUCUAAACACUGUGGACCUCAUUAUGAAUGCCCCUGGAAACCAAGUGCUUUUUUAUAUAUAUAUAAAAAUAUAAAUAUAUAUAAAAUUAAGUUUGAAAGGAAAGCUGAGCACGUGAGAGAGACAGCCCUCUGCCAGGAACGUGCUCCUUUCCAUAGAUAGUGUGUGGACUUGACAGACUUUCUAAUGUUUUCAAGUGGGCAGACGAAUGGGAGGCUGAUGUUCUAAAGUCUUCAGGCAGCUGAGAUCUAAAGUGACUUGAAGUUUCUUUUGUUUCUCCUCCACCCCACCUCUCCUCUUGUCCCCUGGGCCAUCUUGCCAUGGAUAAUCAGACUACAUUGAACAGACCAGUUCUGCACUGGACUUUGCUCCUUUGAAUAACUGUACACCUUGAGGGCAUUUGUCUGCAGCCUUCUUGACAUACGGUGCAUGUUAUCAGGGCAGCUGUGUUUUAUGAACACCAGUAUCUUUAGAAAUCAGGAAGGGAGACUUUAAGGGUUUUUUAAAUUUUAUUUUUAACUUUUUCACAUUCGUUAUCUCCAAAAAACAGAAGUUAGUCUUCUGUCUCCAUUCCUGGUUUUGAAUUUAACAUGUUAGCUAGUGAUUAUAAGUUUGAUUUAAAACUAAGAGAAAUGGCUCAUGGCAGAAAAUGUCUGUAAUUGUUACAUUUCUUGAAUUUAUUUUUUUACACGUAACUUCUUUUCUGAAUUCCCAGUGCUAAUUAGCUUCUCUGUAAAUUCUGUACCUCAGGGGUUCUCAAACUUGUUCUAGAGCAGCCCGUUUGUGAUUAGAUAAUAUCCUUAUGGGAAUCACAACAGUUGCUUAUAUGGAAAAGCUAGAAACCAGGAAAAGCAAGCAAGUGGUGACAGCGCAGGUGCCUGUGGGCCACCAGCAAGCUGCUAGCUGCCACUGAGAACCCUUGUACUUAAACUUUUUGUAAAAAAAAAGUUUCUCAGUACACGCACUCAGAACACCCUUCACAAGGCCAAGGACAAACCAAGGUGUAUGAUUUUUCAGGGGAACAAAGGUCAUCAGUUUUGUCAAAUUGGGGUUUGAAGGAAGCUUAGAGAAGUGCAUGGGCUCAGAGAUCCUUCUGAAUGUAAGUGUUCCUGAUUGAGUGCAAAGAAUAUCUUCCCAUUUUAUUUGGAAUGGUUUCCUCUAGUAGCACGAAUGUCUUUUUAAUACCUAUAGUGCAUUACACUACUUACUAUGUUGCUGAAUCGUUCUGGCUAGGAAGGCCACAGGCUCUUACACGUUCACACUUACUGGCUCACCCCAAAUGCAAUUAGAGAUCAUCAUAACAUAAAAACAUCUCAGUCACUCUGCUGUCCACUGAGGCCAGUGCUCUGCUCUGUCCAGUGCCCAUAGGCACAGGUUGUGGGCUGCUGGAUGGGACCUCUGCAGGCUGUCAGGCUUGGUGCCUCUUGGACAAUUCCCAGUUUCUGGUGCCAAACUGUUAAUUUUUCAUCACUGGGACUUGUAUCCCAGAAGCAAAUUGAAGCAAAUUCUUAUUUCUGAAGUGAUCUUUCCUGUUCCUAGUAGCGUGCUCUGGAGCAGCAGUCACAGUGGCAGCAGAGCAGCAGCAGAGGUUCAGGAGGAUGGACUUGCUCAGCUCUGAGCAGGCAGGCUGAAGCCCUCCAACAGUGCAAGGGUGUUUUCUGGCUGCCGACAGUGCAGUGGUGAGACUGGGGGCCCUUUUUGAAAUGCUGCUGUUGAACAGAUGUGUUCAACAAGAACAAGAUCCCACCUGCCCAGCUCUGGUUGUAAUAGAAGUUGCAAGUCCCAAGACAUGAGAAAUGGCAAACCCAGUCUCUCAGGCUUUGUGUGCAGAUGUCUUGAACCUGACAGGCACUAACUGACAGCUUCCAUGCCAUGGGGCUCAGACACGGGGAACAGUUUGCAUGCUAGAGACCUUCCCUAGGUCAAGGUCACUGAGGAUAGUUCUUUGCACCCAGCUGUCUUGCCCUUUUCAGUCUGGAAAUAGGACCUACUAUCAGCUUGAGUCUAGCAUUUGGGUUGGCCUCUCAGCACUGUUACUGGCAUCAGGACAAAACUAGUUGUCUCUUAAAUGUAAGUUUUGCAUAUAGAUGCCAUAAAAGACACAGUCUGCAGCCCCACUGACAACUGCAGGAGUAGCAGCACUUGAAGAUGAGCUGCCAAGGCAAAGGCACUUGGACAUCUUACUUCUCUGGCAGUGGCUUUUGCAAAUGGAGGUGUUGGUUGUAGGGCCAACUUUUCUUCUUGCUGGUUUUAUUUUCUCCCAUACAAAUCCUGCCUGCCCAGCCAGCCACCGGGUCUGUGGUAACACAUCUGUUUGCACUUGCAAUACGGGAGAAACCUGUAACAAACAGUAAGUCUCAAACUACAAACAAAAAAACUAAGUUACAUGUAUGCCAAUUACAAAGCAUUUGUGCUGUGCUGCUGUUCCCACUGAAAAGCACAAGGUAUCCUGCAGCAAGAAAACUUGGCUGGAGGUUGAAUCCAAAGCAAAAUUAGCUUUUGAGGCUACAGUGUGUACCAUGCAGCUCAGCUGAUGGGCAGAACUGGCGACAGGAUUUGUAUUCUUUCUCCUAAUGGCACAUUACACCUUUUUACUUAGUUCACCUGAGACCCUCACAGCCACUCGCAGACUCUUCAGUGCUCAGGUGAAUGUGCAAAACCCUUGCAUUUCUUUGAAAAAAAAGCUCCAAAACCCAACGCUUUGCUAAGGGACAGGCUGAUAUCUUCUGUGGGAUUUGCCAACUGGACCUCAUUGUGUUGUCUGUCUGCAAGGCAUUAAGGGUGGGGAAGUGGACAAAGUGAAGUUAGCACAGGUUUAAAGCCCUGGAAUUGAGGUAAAAUUGCAGUCAUGUGUGCAAGGCUGUGCACAGCAGUGAGCUGGACCAUGGCUGAACAGCCAGGGCAGACAGACAGAAAGGCCACAGCCACCCUUACCUCAUGGCCCAUCUGCCGUUCCCCUUUUUACAGUGUGGUUUUGGCAUCAGAUCUGGAACUUUCUUGCUGUGACGACCAAAGAGAGGCAUAGACUGGUCCUCUCCCCCAUCCGAGUAACUGUCCUCUCCAAGGCAACUUUGGCUAUAGUUGCACUAAUGAUGGAUGUUAAGCAGACAUGCAGCGAUAGGACUGGGAGAACCUCAUCUACCAGACAAAAACUCAACUUAGCAGCUGAAAAAGCAAGAUAAAACCUUAAGCCCUAGAAUGGAGCAAUCUGGAAAGUCAGUGAGAAGAGGAGCUGGUUGGCCAGCUCCCUUCUCCAGCGACUCAGUGGAAGAAGCCACAGCUUUUCUUGAGUCUUAAUGUGUUUACAGGGUGUUCAGCUCAGAGGAGCUUUUCCUGCUGUGUCUGUUCACAGGCUGACUUCUGUCUGACAUGCUUCAUUAAAAGGAGAGAAGCACAUCUGGAGCACAUGUAUUUACCGUACAUGCCAAGCUUUUUCGUUCCUAUUUCUCCUUCCCUCUUCAAGACUUGGUUUUGCAAUUUAGGGAGGAUAGAUUCUUUACCAAGGUCUGAAUUUUGGGAGCUCUUAAUUUGCCAGGUUACUCCAACCCAAAUUAUUCUGUGAUUCUAUUCUGUGAUGGCUCAAUGGUAUGGAGCAGCACUUGUGUGGUAAGGAGCAUUGCCCAUCCUGUGGUGGGAGACUGGAGAGGAGAGGGUUGCUUAAUUUGGGCAGAGCUGUCAUGAGGUUCUGCUCCCUUUGAGCUGGGAGGAGAAGGCCUCAGAAUUGGGAUCAUCCUUUGGUAGGUCACGUUGGGAAUUUGCCUUCUGCUUGUUUGUUUCCAUUACUUGCCCUUGAGAAAUGUGUUGGGAUACAAAAAUGGUGUAUGUGUUCUCCAGGCAUUCAUUUGUUUCUGCUGCUUACUCUGUGCCUGACUUUGCAGACUUCUGACUUCACGGUUUGCUUUGGGAGGGGUUAUGAUCUUUGGGUGGGGAGCAAGCACCAACAGAAGAUAAACUGUAAAGAAUGAAGGGCCUUCCAAUCGUGUCUGAAAACCCUUUUUACUAGAAAACUGAGAAGGUGGUACACAAAGACAGAGCUCUUCGAAGCAGAAGAUUGGUUAUGUGUGAGCGCAGCAGCCAGAGGGUCUAUGGAGAACAUGGAGCCCUGUUUGUCUCCUGUGUCUGUCUCUUCUCCCCGUGUCUCUGGCAGCAGACAGUAGUUGUGUUCUGGCUUUCAAGAUGGGCUUGGUGUCUUCCACCUGGGUUGGUUUCAGAUGGAUGUAAACUUUCAUUUUUGUCAAAGCUGUCUGUCUGUUUUAAGAAGACUUGAUUUGGUUGUAUUUGAACUAGUGCAAUCUGGAAAACUUUCUGUGAAAGCUGACUGUGGGCUCAGGUUUUGUCUAAUUCAGUUGUCUGUUAUUUACUGGUUAAACCAGUUUAACUUUGAGAUAAAUUGGUUUAAGCAUCCACGUGAACCACCUGCACUGGUUUAACUGCGCUUGCUGGGUGUUCUCCCCUGCUGAUCAGAGAAUACGUCCAGAAGCAGCUCAGGGAGUCAUGAUCCUUAUGUGAAUUUUGCGAAUGAAGUUAUGGCAGAUACUCUCAAAAAUCGGGAAUUACUGAAAAUGGAGGGGAGACACAUCUGAAAACUGCUUGAGCUCUAAACUGUGGUAUCUGAGUUAAUAGAGUAUUUAGUGAGAUGUCUCAGGUUGGCUGGUUUGUUUUUCUCCAACUGCUUGGAAUAGCAGAGAAGGUUUAACACGAGAAGAAAUUCCCACGUAAGUUUAUAUUGGUGGAUGAGUCCACUCAGCCUUACCCAGUCUGAGGGACCAUUUCCACUUUCUGGAUCCCACAGCAGGCCAGCCGGGACAUAGCGUCGCACAGGAGCAGGGUGACUGAGACAUUGUGCUACGUGGGGAAUGCUGCGUGCAUUGCUAGACAGUGCCAGGUUACUGAUAAAAAAAGCAGCCAACAAGUUAUUCAAAGGCUGGGAGUGCUGCUUUCUACUGAGGAAAGAAUCAGAUCUCUAAUUGCAUCUCUCUGGCUAAGGGAGGUGGAGAGGAGCUCCUGUGAGCAUUCAGAGCGAGCACAUGCAGGAAGGGACAGGUUGUUCCCUAUGGAAUAAUUAGGAGUAAUGGAAUGAAAAUGGACAAAAAGACACUAAAGGCAAACUCUGGGAAACCUUUUCAGGCAGGAGAAAUGUGUUUAGCUAGGAGGAGUCUGUUACGGGAAUGGUUUUUGAGCCGUAUCUUUUGAAAAAAGGCUGUACAGCUACGUGGAGCACACUCCAUAAAGCACAAGGCUGCUUUGAACACUGCUGAGAGAAAAGAGACUGGAUGUAGAGGUAAGAAAUGCCAGUCCUGCCUGAUAGGUCCAGGAGGAUUCACAGAGCAUCCUCCUCCGCAUCCUUCUGCUCACCCACCGCUGGCACCGAACCCUUCCCAGCUCUCCAGGAUAGACAUUAACCAGGUUUCAUACAGAAGGGAGGUCAGCUGGCGGGAGGGGCAGAGGAGAAAACACCAGUUGAGGAGCAAAUGUCCUGUCAACCCUUACACUGCCAAGGUGAAAGAAUCAGGGUGGGAGAGAGUAUUAAAUGUUUUGCUGCUUCUGCUGUGCAUUUUCUGUGCUACGUGAAUCUGUAGGAUCCGCUGGGAAUGCCCAGAAACAUCGGCUGAGUCGCAGUGUCCUGUGUCAGAUAUUUCUGAAGAUGUCGCUCCAUAGCAAUAAGAACUCCCUUUUCACAAUGCGUGGGGCCUGUCCCCGUGCCACGGGUUAUCAUCUUCCUGGGGCUUCUGGAAAUGUCACUGAACAAAACAAUAAACUACAGAGAGGUAAACCCAAGCACAGCUCCGAGUUGAAUGCCUCGUUAGUACUGUGGGAUAGUUUGCUUAUGCUAGGCCAGAAAUGGUAAACCAAUGAGAGUGUAUUGCCCUGAAAUUUAAUUUUAUAUAUUGAAUGUCUGGGGGACUUCUGUUUAAUUUUGGUUUUUCUUUGGCUGGUUAGUUGGGUUUUUUACUACUCCUGUUAGAGUCCUUUGUUUUAUACCUUGACAGAAGAGUUUUGCUCACAUUAGACAACGGUGUAUCCAGUAGACCCUUUAGGGUUUAAUGAUCUGUAGGCAGCUGAGUUUGAAUUUUUUAGAAUAGCUUCUGAAAUGAGUCAUGUAAAUGGCUCAUUGAUGCACAACGUCAACCACUGACUGAAAGGAUUUUCUUCCUUCCCAUUGUUCUAGUGUCACUGACAGUGGUCAGCAUGUCUUGGUACCCGGGUGAGCAGAGCAGCCUUAACAAUAGGAGUAUUUUACAGUGGAGUUGUCGAGUACAGGCAUGUCAAACCCUUUCAUUUUACAACCAAAGUUCCUUAAAAAGACACUUCCAGCCUCAUCAGCCUUGAAAGCUUGUUUUCAGUCUUCUGGGAGUUCUUGUGGUGGUCUCUGCAAUGUGUGUGGAUAGGAUGGUUGUUUUUUUCUUUCCAGUGGGAUGGGGGGUGGGAGGAGGGAUUUUUUUCUUUCUUGCUAUCUAUGGAGAAGGACCUUUCCACUCAAGGAAGGAGGCAUGUGUUCUGGAAGGAGCAACAGUCUUAGGAGCUGUUUUCCAUGGUCCCUUUAAACUUACUGGGACUUUAAUUUUUUUUUUUUUUUCUUUUCAAUUAUUUAAAAGGAAAACUGGUAACGGAUGAACUGAAAAAUUUGUGACAGGUGACUAGCCAAGGCUGUAAGUCCAGGAGGAACGCACAUCAUCCAGACCGUGAGAAUUGUGGUCCACGCCGUAGCUAGAAAGUGUCAUGCCGACAGACCAAACCAUCAGGAAAUCCUUGUUUGCAGCCAGUCUGAAAAGAGAAGCUGUUCCUCGUUCGUAUGUCCGUUUUCUGAAACCCCCUGCUGGGAGCUGAAUUCUUGUUGUUUCAUCAGGCAAACAAUGUUCUCCUUUCCCUCCUCACCCUCCGCCCCCUCAGUAACUUGUGUGCAUUUCCUUCCUUUCUGUAGAUGCAGAUGUUCUAGGCAAUACCACAGAUGCACCUGCGUGUGUCUCUACCUGCGAGUGCAAGAAUCUCAUGUCAUCUUAAAAAAUACAAAAAAAAUAUACAAAAAAUAUACAAAAAAUAUCUUUUUUAGGCCAGAGUUUUCUACAGGUAUUAAUGAAUAUUUUUCUUAAUCCUUAUAAGUUUUAUGUGUUUAAUAUUUCUUAAUACCGGUAGCAUUAAUUUAUACUUUUGUAGCAACACAAUAUUUUUAUAAACCGCCACCGCUGGCUUUGUCUUCAUAAUGGGGAAAAGUGCGGGCAGCUGGCCCCGCGCUGUACCAUGUACUGUAUUUAAAAGGUUAUCUAAUGUCACACUUGCUGUGUUAAUAAACAAAACAAAACCUGUUUGAAGUCUCAUGUAUUGUUGGUGUGGAUCGAAUGACUCAAUAGAGAGCAAUAUUGCACGGGGUUGAGUUGCUGAUUUUCAUUGUGAUAUAUGAACGCUUGAGGCCAACUCAAGUUCUUCUGAUUUUUUUCUUUUUAGGAUUUUGUUUUGUUUUGUUUUGUUUUUUUACAGCUAAAUAAAUUCAGUGCUGUUUGAAACUUAGACUGACGUCAAAUGAAAAGGAUUAUUAAAGAAAAAAAAAAAAAUCAAGGUGUUUAAAUGUUGCUGUUUUUACAAGUCUGUUGCUGUCUGAAUGGAAAUAUUCCACAAGAGAGGAGGAAUAGUUCCACUUAGCUUCCAAACGAGCUGAGCGCUCCAGGCCAGAGCUUGGUUAUUCAGAGAUACCUUAGAGACAUGUUUCUGCAACAUUCUUUUCAGAGUUGAUGCCAAGGCAGAAGACAAACUGUAACUGUAAGAAAGCAUCUGUUGCUUGAGGAUUUUCAUGUCAGUGUUGUAUUUAUGGUUUUACAAUAAAACAACCUUUAGGAAAAAAAA